ACCCGCCAGACCUUCAUCAAGUCCGUCAUCAAAUUCCUGCGCCAGUAUGAGUUCGAUGGGCUGGACAUUGACUGGGAAUAUCCUGGCUCCAGGGGCAGCCCACCCCAAGACAAGGGUCUCUUUACCGUCCUGAUUAAGGAAAUGGUUGCAGCCUUUGAGCAGGAAGCCAAACAGGUCAACAAGCCCCGUCUCUUGGUCACCGCAGCUGUUGCUGCAGGAAUUUCCAAUAUCCAGUCUGGCUACCAGAUUGCUGAGCUCGGAAAGUACCUGGACUACUUCCAUGUGAUGACUUACGACUUCCACGGCUCCUGGGAUGGAGUCACUGGGGAGAACAGCCCUCUGUACAAAGACCCGUCUGACUUAAACAGUAACGUUUUCUUACAGGAUUAUGUUAUGAAUUAUUGGAAGAGCAACGGUGCCCCAGCUGAAAAACUUGUUAUUGGAUUCGCAACGUAUGGAAAUACCUUCACACUGCAAAACCCAUCUAACCAUGGUCUUGGUGCACCAACAUCAGGAGCUGGGCCAGCUGGACAUUACACACAGGAGGCUGGGGAACUGGCUUACUUCGAGAUCUGCACUCUCCUUAAUUCUGGAGCCACCCAGGUUUGGGAUGCCCCCCAGGACGUGCCCUACGCUUACAAAGGCAGCGAAUGGGUUGGCUACGACAACAUCAAGAGCUUCAGCAUCAAGGUUGACUGGCUGAAGAAGAACAAUUUUGGAGGUGCUAUGGUUUGGACCAUUGAUAUGGAUGACUACACCGGCACUUUCUGCAAGCAGGGCAAAUAUCCCCUGAUCACCACCCUGAAGAAUGGUCUUGGACUGACAAACAGUGACUGUGUGCCUCCAGCUCAUCCCAACCCUCCCGUCACUCCCACUUCCUCUAGUGGAGCUCCACCUGCAACAGCAACUGCAGCUGCAACUACUGCUGCUGGAAGUGGAAGUGGAACUGGAAGCGGGAGUGGAACUGCAAGCGGGAGUGGAACUGGAAGCGGGAGUGGAAGCUCAGGUGGCAACAGUGGGAGCUCUGGUGUUAGUAACUUCUGUGCUGGCAAGUCCAGCGGCAUCUAUGCUGAUCCAACCAACAAGAGCAGCUUCUACAACUGCGUUAAUGGCGAAACCUUCCAAGAGAGCUGCCAGGCCGGUCUUGUCUUUGAUACCAGCUGCUCCUGCUGCAACUGGGCGUGA